UUUUUUUUUGUUGUUGUUGGAUCAUUUCUUCAUCGUAACCAAUCUCAACCAUGGAUCUUAGUAAUCUCCUCAAUUAUCAAAAAGAAAUAAGCCUUUCAUUAAAAGAUCUUGAACAAUUACUUGUCCAACGAGACAUUACGACUAUCCUUGACACGAUCAGAACUACAUCGACUUAUGAUUAUCCCACUGACCGUAAUGAAACAUUCCUUUACUUUGAUACCUUUAUUCGUGUCAUUCUUUCCAUACAUGACCAAGAAGCACAUACUCUCAUUAUUGAUUCUCUACGUCAAUGUAUUAAUGGCUUAUUACGACACCAUGGUAUCACUUGGCUCAUCGAUUUUCCUUGUCACUUUAGUAAACCCACUUGGACAGACCUUCAGUCUAAUCCCACUAUUCUUGUUUACCUCUAUGGUCUCAUCUUGGCUCUCAUUAACACUCACAUGUCAGACAAUAUAGACUGGCUCCUUAAGGGAGUCCUUGAAUUUGUACAAUCAAGAUCACCUGCCAUUAUCGUGCACCUUUGGCUCAUUUGUUAUACCUUAAACAAAACUACUCUAUUUUUAGAGGGAUUAGAAGAGAAUCUGAAAAGAGGAAAAGUGCCGAAAGGAGUGGUGAAGACAGCAUGGACUGUUUUAAAAGACAGGAAAUCGGAUUGGGUAGCAUCUCAAAUAGAUGAUCAAUUAGGUAAUGCAUUAGCAAAGCCUCCAUUUAGUAGAGAUCAAAUGACAUUGAGUUAUUUGGAAUUGGAAAAAUCAGUAUCCAACUAUUCAAUUAUUUCUCAACUAUUUCAGGAAAUUCAAAAUAAAGCAGUCAAUGAUUCGAAUCCAUUAUUAAACGAUACCCUACUAUCACCUUUACCCUCUGAUAUGUUUGCACGCAUUGAAGCUGUUCGAAAGGGGGCUCUCUUUUGGGUCCAUCAGUUUGCAAAUAUGUCACCACAACAAUUUGAUCUUCAUCUACAACGUCUUAUCCAACAUUAUUAUCCAGGUCAUACAAAGCGUAUCCUAGAUUUGGUCUUGGCUGAUUGGACAGUGCGUGAUCGUUUUGAUCGUCAUCUAAAUCUUGUAAUCCGCUUACUGUCUCAAACUGGCCAAUACAAUCGACGUAUGACUCCCUAUUACGCCUUUAUUCAACUCUUUAGUCAACAUCAAGAACACAUAAUAACAACAACCCAAAAGAUAAUGGGAAGUGGUGAUCUUCUUUUGGAUCCAGUCAAUAGCUCUUAUAAGCAAAUUAGAACAGGAGCUCUGAUUGAUUUAUCAUUUCAAGAUAAUGACCCUAGUGACCGUCAUAUACAGGGAUACAGUUUGAUUCUAGAACAUCUUACUCGGACUGGUUCUCGGGAAUGGCUUAUGGAUUGUCUGGAGGAUGCACGACCGAACCUUGUUCAACGCUAUACAGCUUGGCUAACAACGCAACAGAAUACGCUAGAGUGUCCAAAAGUAGAUGUUCCAACCUUGCUGAACCUACUUUCUGAGUCCAGUCUUGAACGUCUUUUGAUGACCAAACCCAUCAUCCUAUUAGAUUAUUUUGAUCAAGUAUCAAGAUCUUCUCUCGUACAAUCCUUAUUAGAAACAAAAUCAAAACGCUUUAUGGAUUUGUUAAUGAAUUUCUUAAAGGCCCAUAUGACGAGUAAAGAUCCAACUAGACCUCAUUCACGAAGUUGGUUUGGACAUAAUUUUUUACCCUGUUUAGUAGAAGGAGUCGCUGCAGGUAGCGAAGUCGCGACAGCCCUGUUUAGUCAAGUGAUUGUUGGAAAGGAGUUUGAAUGGUAUCUGGGAGAGCCAGUGGCGGUGGCAGGCAAGAAAGUUCGAUUUGAGAUGUUACAAUUGGCUAAACAUCAUACGAUUUUAUCAGUACGACAUACAGGCUUAGCCACCCUCUUUCAGUUGUUAGUCAAAGUGAAGAAUAAGAAAGCUGUAGUACGGGUAUGGAACGACGUCUGGAAGGAGAAGGCGAACAGCAAACACAUCCUUCAAUGUGUUGGUCUAUUUGAUCAAGCACCUGCUGUGGUCAAACAGAUGAUUGCUCAGUUUGUAAAUGAUAUAUCGAUCCAGAUGGAGCCAUUAAUGGAUGUAGUAUUGCUAUCAGAUACCCCAGAACCCGAUACAGUGUUUGACUUUGUCAUGCAUCUUUAUGCAGCGGAUGCCACUCAAGGUGAUCAGAUGAGAUGGGCUAUCGUGAAUACUUUAAUUGAACUCGGUCAAGAACUUACUCUGUCAACAACCUCUGACGAUGUUCUCCAGCAACUAAAACCAGUUGAGAUAGCAAAUAAAAAAAUUAAAUUGACACGAAGCAAGUUGGUAGCCAAGAUGCGUCAACAUGAAGAAGAACUAGUAAAAAAAAAAGAACAUGAUGAUUCAAAUGAGAUCGUGACUGCCUUGAGGAUUCUUUUACAACGUGUCUUUCAUUUCUUGUUGAGGCUGUUUAACAAUGAUGUGGAGGCACAUGAUAAAAUGCAGCAGGAUUUAGUAGCGAUGCCCUUGUAUUUUGUAGCAUUAGGACAAAUACGAAAGGUGGUAAAAGAUCCUUUAUUAGCAGAAGAUAUUCAAAUGGUGAUAGAACUGAGUCUGAGAUGUUGUUUGACGAAACAGCAAGAAAUCUCGGUUGAGACGGCAAAAAAGCUAUUGUUGAAGGAAUAAUAAUAAUAAAAAAAAAAAAAAAAAAAAAAA